AUGCAGAGCGUGCGCCGCCAGCUCGACCGCCUGUUCGCGGUGCACAUGGUCAUCGCGGUGGUGACGGGGGCGCUGUGCUUCCUCACGCCGCACUCGCUCAUGACGCCCAUGCUGGGCGACGCCAGCAACGACACGCACCUGGCGCACGAGUUUGUCAGACUCUACGGCGCGCUGACGCUGGCGCAGGGCUGGAUGGUGUGGCGCACGCGCCUCGUGAGCGACGCGCUGAUCCGCCGCACGUUCUGCCAGGCCUACUGCAUCUGCUUCCUGCUGCAGGCGGUGGCGCUGCUGCGCGCGCAGUUGGCGUCGCCCGAAAGCCACUCGAUGCUGCACUGGGUCAACAUCCUGCUGCUCGGCGGCUUGGGCUGCGCCUACGGCUACUUCCUCGUGUUCAAGACCAUCAAGGCGUUCGAGCUGCCAGGCAUGGAGAAGGGGUUGCUGUGA